AUGGACGCAAACUACGUUUAUCUAGAUGGCACGGUUGUGAGAGAACAGAUCAUCGGAGUGGGCGGGACGGGCAUUGUCGUCUCCCGUGGAGGUUACGCCUAUAAGAUCCCUCUGAUAUCGAAAAUCAUCAAGAUUGACGGAGUGCCUUUCGAUGACGGAGGCUUUCCUCCUCCUAAGGAAGGCGACUAUGACGAACGAGCUACUGCCAUCGAGGCUCUCGAGAACGAGAAGGCCAUCUACAGGAGACUAGGCGACCAUUCUGGGAUUAUUCGCUGUUAUAAUCUUCAAUCCACUGACCCCUCGAUCCAGAUGCCGUUAAUGGAAGGCGACCUUCGACAUUAUCUGGAUGAGACACGACCUGCAAGGGCGACGCUGUUAUCCUGGUUAACCCAGUUGGCGCACGCCAUGGCCCACAUCCAUUCUCGACGUGUUAUCAUCGGCGACUUCCGUCUGGACAAUAUCGUAUAUGACGAAAACAUGAGCAUCAAGCUCAUUGAUUUCUCCGAGUCCUCUUUGAUGCCGCUCGACUGGGACCUAGACGGGUGUGAUGGAAGCGGCUUUUCGAUUUGGACGGAUCUCGGACAGUUCGGGGCUGUCAUGUUCGACAUGAUAACCGGUCAGCGGUGUGCCUUUGACAUCUAUCAUGAUUGGAGGCAGGUCGGGGAUCAGCCGACCUGGCCUCGGCGGGAUACUCUCCCGUCAACCAGUGGGGUGUGGUUAGGUUCUAUCAUUGAGAAAUGCUGGACUAAGGGAUUUGGAUCGGCGCAGGAUCUCGUAGAAGAGCUGGAAAAACAGACCGGGAGUGUCUGCUGA